AUGGCUGCUCCUCAAACAGAACUCCAAUACGGUCGCUCUCUCAAUUCUCUAUUUCGUCGAUGUGUCGUCAAUUGCCCGUCUCAGCCCCCGCCCUGCCCUGAGUGUGCCAAAGGAGAAACUUGUUCCUUGAUCAGCCAGUCCUGUCAGGCGUGCCAGAAAACGAUCUGCAUCAGUCUCGGGCAAGUGGGAGGUGGGAGUAACUCCGAAAAGCCGUCGUCUUCGAAUGUCGGCGCCAUCGCUGGUGGGGUCAUUGGUGGUCUGGCAGUCAUAGCUGUCUUUCUUUUCGCCUGGUUUUACCUGCGGAAGAAACGUGCGAACAUUGCUACUCAACAGAAGUGGGAGGCCGAUUCGUACGAGAAACAGGAAGCCGCAUCUUUGGCCCGUUCCAGUGUCGCACGGCAAUCCACCGUUGGCUCAAUUGCGUCAACUGUCCUCACCAGGGCGUCGAAUGUCAUCCAGAUCGCCUAUAUUCCAGGCGUCACCAACCGCUCUCCACCAGACACUCCAGGUCUCCUUGUGCCUCCAGUUCCCCCCCUCCCUGGAGCCAAUGGAGGCAAUUACAGCCAGGAUCAACACUAUUUCAUGCCCGGUGACAUCCGUGAUUCCGUGUGGUCUCAGAUGACAGAGGAUGACCGUAAGAGCAUCAGUCCCAGUCUCGCGCGCAGUAGCGUGGCUACCACCAUUUACCGCCACGACGCCAUUGUUAGCCCCGUCCCUGCUCAACAGGCUCUUCGAGCCAAAGCUGCAGUCGUCAGUGUCAAAUCGGGUGCUGCCACUCCCAUCGAAAGCUCUCCCUCCUCAACUCCAGUCGUCCCCCCCAUUACUGCCAUGCAAAUCGACAAGGCCAAAGCGGUGGGCGCUAAAAUAGAAAGGAGGAAUGACAAGGCCGCCAACGAGAAGAAGUUUGCGGGGUCUAUCGUCGCCCGCUCUAUGGUUGCACGCCCUGUCAACCUCACCAAAUCUCCACAAUCGCCUGGGUCCCCUCGAUCUCCCCGAUCUCCCCGAUCACCUCGAUCCAAAGCUAGCACCAUUUCCGAAGGUGACGAGUUUUCCAGCCCUAGAAUUACCAUCUCGCAAGCAUCAUCGUUAAGGAAUGAGCCUGCUAGAAUUGCUGAACUGCCCGGGGAUCUGUCUACAGCCCCUCCAAACCCUUCCAAGAUUGCCGAGUUGCCUGGCGACCGGCCGAACAAUCGUCAAUCCGGCCAGUCCGUCGCGGUCACUGUCAUUGAGGAUUCGCCAUCCACCAAACAGAGUCCCUUCGACGAUAAAAACGAGGUCAAACCCUGA